CAAAUGAGACAACUGCUCCGAUGUCUCUCAGAUAUUCGGCCUCCGCUAGAAAUCUAGCACCGAAAACUGAGACGGAACAAGUCGCCCCUCCCGAAUGAAGCGGCGCUUCUAGGCGGAGCCCUUGGAACCCGCCUUUACGACGAAACCACCGGAUCCUUGAAUAUGCCCGGCACUUGAUUUGGUGCCGAAAGGAUCGCCUGAUGAUGAUGACGUACUAUAUUUAGGGAGAGUAAUUUGAGGCGGAAUUAUUCCAUUUUAGAUAAUUUCUGGUACCAAUCUCCGAUGGGAUUGUAUUUUUAGAAUGAAAACUAAGCCUCUCGUCUGCAACCCUGGUCCCUGACCGUGAGGUGGUCAAGCGUCCGGCACUUCGCUUUGUCUUUUAUCCUUAACGCCCUGUAUUUUCUUUCUGUAUCACCGACCAUGGCGACCUCGACUCUUGUUGUAAACUUAGAUGGAUAUCAUGGCCCCGUAACGGCUACGCUCGACUGGUGCGAAGCCAACUAUCAGUUCUCUUAUUAUAUCGCGGAAAUGGCCAACACAGUCUCCAACCUGUUCUUCAUCCUACUAGCUGCAUAUGGAGCACACAAUGCGCGACGCGAACUCAUGCCGACCAGGUACAUUGUUGGUUUCGGUGGAUUCGCUCUGAUUGGCUUUGGGAGCCUCGCGUUUCACGCUACGCUUUUGUAUCACUACCAACUCCUGGACGAACUCCCCAUGAUCUAUGUCACUGCCGGAAGUUGCUGGUUCCUGUACGACGACAGCCCUGGUUUUGACAUAACUUCGUGUCAAAGCAUGGUUUCUCUUGUACUGAGUAUCACAUUCGACGUUUUGUUCACUUGGAGCUACAUCGUCUACCGAAAUCCAGUCUAUCACCAGGUCGCUUUCGGAACUCUCGCGAUUAGCACAGCUUUCAUGAUCAGAUACCUCUUGAAGUGGUCGGAAGUUCGUUUUCGAAUACCUGACGACAAGAAGUCACAAAUUGGAAGCAUCUUUGCGUAUGGCGCAGGCCUUUUCGUAUUCGGAUUCCUCAUCUGGAACCUAGACAACAUCUUCUGCGACAACCUAACAAGAUUUAAGGUUUCAGUCGGAUGGCCGUUGGCAUUUUUGCUCGAAGGACACGCUUGGUGGCACGUCUUGACUGGUCUGGGCACCUAUUACAUGUUCACUGGGACCCAUCUUAUUUCGCUCUGCAUGAAGGAUGAUUCCCGCAAAUUUGCUGUCCGCUAUCGCUUCGGACUUCCUUCAAUCAAACGCAUGGACAAGAAAACUCAAUAACCGUCUGUUUGAAGUGUAUCGUUGACACCAUGGAUCCGGAGCUCGUAACUAUUCAAGUACGACUGUAAAACAUCGUACAGAGACGGGGCGGUUUUUUUUAGCUAUACUAUGAUCAUUAUGUGGAAUACUUAGAAUGCAAAAUACAAUCUCAGAUCGAGAUUCGAUUGGUCACAGGGAA